ACUCCUGGGCACCCGGGGAAGUGGAAGCGCCGGGCCCUGCUGCUGGGGGGAGAGCCACAGACGCCGGGACCGGGACCGCCGCCGACGCCGCCACCAUGAGUGACCAGCAGCUGGAUUGUGCCUUGGACUUAAUGAGGCGCCUGCCUCCACAGCAAAUCGAGAAGAACCUCAGCGACCUGAUCGACCUGGUCCCCAGUCUAUGUGAAGAUCUCCUGUCUUCUGUUGACCAGCCACUGAAAAUCGCCAGAGACAAAGUGGUGGGAAAGGAUUACCUUUUGUGUGACUACAACAGAGACGGGGACUCGUAUAGGUCACCAUGGAGUAACAAGUAUGACCCUCCUUUGGAAGACGGGGCCAUGCCUUCUGCUCGACUGAGAAAGCUGGAGGUGGAAGCCAACAACGCAUUUGACCAGUAUCGAGACCUGUAUUUUGAAGGCGGCGUGUCAUCUGUCUACCUCUGGGAUCUGGAUCAUGGCUUUGCUGGAGUGAUCCUCAUAAAGAAGGCUGGAGACGGAUCAAAGAAGAUCAAAGGCUGCUGGGAUUCCAUCCACGUGGUGGAAGUGCAGGAGAAAUCCAGUGGCCGCACCGCCCAUUACAAGCUGACCUCCACAGUGAUGCUGUGGCUGCAAACCAACAAAUCCGGCUCUGGCACCAUGAACCUCGGAGGCAGCCUUACCAGACAGAUGGAGAAAGAUGAAACUGUGAGCGACAGCUCUCCACACAUAGCCAAUAUCGGGCGCCUGGUAGAGGACAUGGAAAAUAAAAUCAGAAGUACGCUGAACGAGAUCUACUUUGGAAAAACAAAGGACAUCGUCAAUGGGCUGAGAUCUGUUGACGUUAUCCCUGACAACCCCAAGUUUCAGCAGCUGCAGAGGGAGCUUUCCCAAGUGCUGACCCAGCGCCAGAUCCACAUCCAGCCUGAUAAUUAGGCCGAUCCAGGUCUGUGCAGACUUUUGCAGACAAAUCAAAACAAGAAGCUCUUAAGAACGACCUGGUGGAGGCUUUGAAGAGAAAGCAGCAAUGUUAAACCUCUGCUUCACGCUGAUCGGACAUGCCAUGCACUCAUUAGAUUCCUUUCUUAGAAAACUUGUUUUCUGCUCCCUUCCCUCGUCCCUUCCCUCCCAACAGGUCACACAACUUGCUUCAUCGACCUGCACAGCGCCAUUUCUCCCUGAGAAUAAAGCCGCUAACACCCUUCUCCGUCUCCACAGCCUGCUUCCCACCACGUUUCGCUGUCAAAACUCACUGUUUCCAUAGAGACCGUGUGUGUUUUGUUUGCCCCAGCUCCCUGUCCCCCACCCCACCAUUUAUAGGCAUAAAAUACACUGUCUGUCUGCCUCCCCUUCCCUCCCACCUUUUUGUUACAUUGGUGUAAAAAAUGUAAAACAAAAAAAUUUUAUGAAAUAACUGGUGUGUGAAAGAUAGAAGAAAAACUGGAAAUCUGAUUCCACGUGUGUUUGGGAGUUGCUUGGGGUUGGGGGUGGGGCAGGGGACCGCUCGGGGAGAAAAGAGAGGUGGCCCUCAGCAUUGCCCUGCACAGAUUGGCCCUGUCCCACGGAGACCACAUUGCGGGGGGGUGGGGCCUGCUGACCGUUCUGCUCUUCUGGCCAGGUGCUUUUCUGUCAAUUUUUAUGGAAUGCAAAAGGAGUUUUUUGUUUUAUUUUGUUUUUUUUGUAAAGCUUAAAAAAAAAUCUACAUCUUAUACUUGAGCUUCCAUACUUAAAAAAAAAAAAGAAAAAAAGAACAAAAAAAUAAAUAAAAAGAAACUGGGACGC